AGUGGAUCGCCUUGGUGGAUGCCGCUCUGCGAUGACUUAUCAUGAGUACUAUACAGAAAAUUUUUUGUGACCUCUAGCAAGUGUGUUCUACGGAAUCAUAUACAUAAUUAUGUUGUCAUACGCCCGUCGCCCGUUACGCCUUUCACAACUCGCUGCCUUUGAUGUUAAGUAAAAACAAUUUUAAGUAAGUAUUUUAUUUAAAAGUUUAAGUUCAUUCGGGAUUGCUUAUAGGUGCGGAUAUCAAAUUUUAGUGUUUUCUUCCAAUUCUACGCGUACGUAGGCUCUGCUUGUCAGAUUAAGCCAAGCACCCAGAGUGGCGGCUGCAAUACCCGCAUUUCUGCAACAUUUGGAACGUCAGCAUGUUUUUGACUCGAUAUGCAGCUCCGCGGUUUGUCCAUCGAUCUAUGUACAGUACUUGCAGAAAAUUCAAAAUUUUAAUGGCAACCAUGAGAUAGGAUUAUCAAAUCUAAACGAUAAAAUCUAUUUUCAACCUCUCUUCUUCAGUUUUUUCGUGUUUCCUUAUUUGAUAUCUCCUUUCAUUUUUUCUUGUUGUUCCCGUUUUCUCCACAUCUUCGUAUGGUGGUCUGGAAGACACUGCGCGGCAAGGCCUGGAGUGAAUUCGAGCGAUCGAUUUUGUUGGCUUCUGCUGUUUUGCACGGUUAAGGUCCACAGCGUACUCUGUAGUCAGUGUUGUGAUAAGAAUUUCAAGUGCGAUAAUAUAUUUGGAUAUUGGACAUUUAUCAUAUUAAGCGACACCGUUGAUAAGCAGCCUAUGCACAGUCCUAGUGCACCGAGGCGAAAUGAUGCAACGUUUAUACUGACAACCUACUGAAUAAUCUGUGAAAUACUCCCGUUCGAGCUUUGCGCAAGCCAUCGAGUUCCUGUCAGGAAAAUGCUGCGUUUGUUGUUCCACGGGGCCUCGGCCGCAGUAUUCUGCGGCACACUGUGGUAUGACAUACACUACAUCGAUCUCGGCGCCGGAACGGGAUGGGACGUCUACGGAGGAAAGUUAAGAUUCCUGACAUUCAUUAAUCUGUGCGUGCAUGCAUUGUUUUACGUGGUUUGCACGCUGUACGAUGUGGCGCGCCUGGCUCGAUUUUCUCCGAAACAGCUGAUAUCGGUGCGCUCGCUGAAGGACCAUUUGUUUACGGUUUUGGUGUUCCCGGUCGGAGCGUUUGUUGUUCUGAUGUUCUGGGGUAUUUACGCCGUCGACCGCGAACUCAUCUUCCCGCAAUUUUUAGAUCAACUGUUUCCUGCAUGGGCAAACCAUGUUAUGCACACAGUAAUUUUGCCGGUUAAUUUGUUGGAGAUGGCGUUAGAUUAUCACACGCAUCCCGUUCCGCGAUGGUCUGGGCUCAAGCAUCUUGUUGGAUUCUCCUUGGCCUAUCAGGCCUGGACGCUUUGGGUGUACUUUAAAACGUCCAGUUGGAUUUAUCCCAUUUUCAACGCACUGAACGGCUGGCAGAAAGUUGCUUUUUUGCAAGGCGCUACUUUAAUGAUUAUUCUUUUGUACUUCGUCGGAGAAUUUCUGCAACAAAAAGUAUUCAAAGCCAAGAAAGCGGUUAUGGGCGACAUUCGGCCUCCAUCCCCAAAAAAGUCUACUAGUCCUGUAAAUAAUUCAGCCAAGAAACCUGUGGCGAAAGAUACGGUAAAGAAGGCAGCGUCGAACGAUGGAGCGAAGAAAUCUCCUUCCAAAAACUCGGUGAAGAAAACAGCGUGAUCCUGGGUGUUGUUGAAGUGAUUUUUCCGGUUCGAAUUUUUUCGUUUAGAGGUGCCGCACAAACUGUGGCUGCUGUGGUUAUAAAAGUUUAUGGGUGUUCCCCCCAUCUGGUCAAAUUUUGUUGUUAGUUAAAUUAUUAUUUUCUUGGGAAUAGCAGUCAAACGAUAUUGGGUCAGAUUGUUGUUUUGCGAUUUUUCCCGUCUCCCUUAAAUUCUGUUUGUUGUUUUUUUCGUUUUUGCGGAUGUAACCUUUGUAAAAGUCGAAGCUUUUGUUCAAAUUACAGAAAGUAAAUGCCAUUUUCAAGCAUUACAAUAA